GAGAGCUAGUGCGCCAUUCGCCUCCCAUCCGCCAGAAGAAGCGGUCUUGGUCAGCAGAAGAGGGCAGACAUGAAGGGUUUUUCCGCCGUGGCCUUGGUCGCCGUGCUCUGCGUCGCUCCCCUUCGAGCUGAGCAGGGAGUGCUGCGUCCUCUGCCGCGCCCUGGCUAUGGGGGAGUGCAGACCCUGCCGGCUCCUUUGCCUGCCGAUCUGAGGUCCUCGCAAACCAGGCCUUAUGGUCGUCCUGACGUUCCCUCCUUCCAGCGACCUCAGAUCCAGCCCCAACACCCGUCCUCAUUCAAACAGACCAAACCCCUGCCUCGCCCUGUCACUCUGCCUGCCAAACUCCCCCAGGACCUCAAGCAGACGAGACCCGUCGUUCGCCCUCAGGCUCAGGCCCUGCCAGUAGUGCUCCCUGCCGGCAUUAGCUCACCGGGGAAGCAAACGAAACCCCUGCCUCGCCCUGUCACCCUCCCUGCAAGACUCCCAGAGGGCCACAGGCAGACGAGACCCGUUGCUCGUCCCUCUUACCACAGACCCCAAGUCCUACCAGCUUAUCCUUCAGGAGGAAGACAGACCCUUCCCGCUACACUUCCCGAGGACCUGCGCGGACCGAGCAAGCAGACAAGACCUGUAAUCCGACAUGCAGCUGGAACGUGUCGAAACUGCGUCCAGCUGUCCUACGCCCGCCGCGACUUGUGCUGCAGGCGCCUGAACGCCUGCUGCUGAGGACACCCGCGGCCAAGGUCUCUGCACUCACGAGGACCUUUCCCACGACGAUCACCACAUGCAGAUCUCUUGACCGAUUUGAAUAUUGAGAUUGUUAUGCAAGUGAUCAUUAUUAUCAGAUCUCUUGACUCCGACUCGAUUGUUCAGUCUGUAAUGCAAGUGAUCAUUAUUAUCAGAUUUGGAAAUAAAGAUGGUCAAAAUU